CCGCCCUCCCCGCCGCGGAGCCGAGCGGAGUAAAAUGGCUGCCGCAGAGGCCGGGCCCGGACAGUGUCGGCGGCGGCGGCGGCGGGAGCGGCCGCGCCUCCUCCUCUUCCUCCUCCUCCUCUUCUUGUGUUGAAGUGGGCGGGCGGAAAGGCCUAGCUUCCCGGUGGAGCUGGGUAAUUAUGGCAAUGGCUCGGGAGGGGCUGCCGGCCAAAGGGUCUUUCGCGGGGCUGGUGCGCGCGCGUGUAUGUAUGUGUGCAAAAAAAAAGUGUGUUUGUAUACAUAUAUUUAUUUUAUUUAUUUGCGCCGGAGUGUGUUUGUGUGCGGGGGGGGGGCGAAUAUUAAGUGUACGCAAUGCAGGGGCGAGGGCUUUUUAAAAAUAAUACAGUAAUAAUAAUAAUAAUAAUGGGGGUGUUCGGUUGUUUUAAAGUAGCGGUGACGGGCGGAGAAGGCCUCGGAGCGCGCCCGUUAAGGACGUGAUGCGGGAUCGGGGGGGGGCGGCGGGUUGGUCGGGGGGUGGGGUGGGUUCAUUUUGGCUUGGAGGCCAUUCCCGUAAGCCUUAAAGGAGGGGCAGCUGUCGUGGGGGUGGGUGGCGGCCCCCAGACCCGUACCUUGUCUUGUUUCGGUAUUAAGACAGUAUUUUGGGGGGGGGGGUAUUGUGAGGAGAUCUGUGGGGAAGCGAUGCGUGUGGGGCGGCAUCCAUCCUGCGCCCACUUAACCUGAGGAGAAGCGCUGCUGGGGUCAGUGGGGCUUGGCGCUACCCUCCCAUCCCCACUAUACAGGCAGCGGAUAGGGCUUUGUUUGCACCCCCUGGGAAAGGGGGAAGAGGGCAUUCUAGGGGGUGUGCGCCUGCUUCUGGGGCUGUACAUGGAGGGAAACGGUGGGGCAGAGGGAUUUGAGGCAUGUGGAAUCUAUGGAAGAAGAUGGGGGGUUGUGGGGGGUUGUUUUAGUAUGGCUUAGAGACGGAUGGGGGUUCAUUUGGGGUUGUUGGUGGCAGUCAAGGUCCUUUCUUGUGUCACUUGGGUAAGGAGGAGCUGAUUUGACCCUGGGAAAGGGAACUGGAAGGCAUCAGUUAGACUAAAUAGAAUUUAUCUCGUCAUUCCGGGACGAAAUGUUUGGACACCUGACAUAGUGUCGUCUCCUCUUGAGAGAGUCUCUUGAAUCGUAGGCAGGGAUAUUUUUUUUCUCAUUGUCCGUUACUUUUGGACUGGAGUUGCCGAGGACUGAAGCCUAGGACCUUUUGCACACAAAACAUAGCCUCUUUAUCCCUGAGCUGCAGCAGUUGAUGGUCAGGUAAAUUCUAUAAUGGGAGUUGUGGACCUGAGAUGCGGCUAUGGUUAAGGGUGCUUUUUGUGGCUGAAGAUAGCACAGAAGGCUCGUGGGUUGCCCAAAAUGUGGUGUCAUCAAUGGGCUGUGGGAUCUUGGUUGGUAAGCUGAUGGAACGGCAUGUCCAGGGUGAAAUGACAGAAGAAUUGUGAGGUUCCAAAUGGAAAAAUAAGAGAAUGGGAAGGUUUUUCAGUGCCAUGUGGUGAGAAGGUGGGUGGCAGAGGAUUGAUGGAAGGUUUUUAAGGAAAUGUUGGAUAAGCAACUUAAUAGCAAUUUUUAGAUGUAGAAUGUCUGAAGCAGAGGGUUGGGCAGAUGAUCUGAAAGGUUUCUUCUAACUCUCUAUGCUUAUAAUUUUACCUGUCUUUUGGGUCUGUUAGUAUUUAGAAUCUAGCACAAAAUUGUGCAAUUUAACGGAAUAAUUGUUUAGGUAAAUAGGGGAUUGAGGAUUAACAGGUCUUUUAAAGUCUCAUUUAUCCAUACCUACUUAAGACUAGAAAAUACGGUUGUACGUACCUUCACACACGCCACAUAUCUAGGAUUUGCAGAUCUCCCAAAGAAACCAACAUUCUACUAGUUUCGAACCUGGAUCCUGGUCAUUCUACCAAAGUUUCUAUGUCUUGGGACAGCCUCAACAUCUGAUGCUGUUCAAGUUCAUUCUUAUUAGAAAGGAAAUUAGAAAAGAAUUUAAGACUAGGAAUGGUGGGGAAGGCACUAGUGUUCUGAGCUGAGAAGAUAAGAAUUAUGUGUGGGUAGUCUGUGAUGAUUAGAAAGUGGGGGAAUUUAUUAGGUGAAAGUCAGACUCAGGGAUGGGAAAUAUGUGGCCUUUCAGAUAUUGGUGAACUACAGCUCCCUUUAUCCUUGACCUCUUGCCAUGCUGGUUGGGCCUGUGUGAGUUGGAGUACAUCAAUAACUGGACGACCACCCCAUUCUCGGUGUAGAUGGAAGGGAACUUGGAAUACUGGGCUCCUAACAGGCUACACGUAUAAUGACAACUUUAUUUUAAAAUAAGCAAAUGCUUAAAUGUAUUGAACUAUAAAUCAGCUAAUGAGCGGGGUUCUAGCACAUUAUCAUUGUCGAUCUUAAGGACACUGCAAUCACUAUAUUUUCUUCUCCCACUAUAUUCACUUGAGAGUACACUGCUCCACACAAACAAAAGUAAUUUUAGAUAUGCCCGGGGACACUCUUCUUUUAGUAUUAUGUUUAUUACCUAUUUGGUUCACAAAACAGGGUAUGAAACCGAGCUGGUUUCUUGGUGUUGAAGCUGGCUCAGAAAAUAACCUGGAACAUUUCCCUUCUCGAAGGGAGUUCUGGCAGGAGACUGUGAUCUGGCUGUGCAGUAAGAAGCCUUUCCUCUUUGGCUGAGCCUGACUUAAGUGCUGUCUUACUGAUUUAAAUAUGCAAACCUCAGGUGAGGCAAAUGGCUUAUAUGCUGCCAUGGCGCUUUAGCUACUUCCAUUGGGCAACAAUUAGAAAAGCAUAAUUGGAACACUGAAAUGAUUUUUACGGAAAGCCAGUUGCUACCUGCUCAAUCCCAGCCCCUCUUCCCUUCGUUGCUUAGCUGAAUUAUGGACAGUGGAGACCUAUAUCCCAUGUUGCAGCAGUGGGUGCAGGCAGAGUUUUCUGUGAAAGAAGCAGGGCUCUGGUGGAUCGAAACAUGGGCUGGCAGUCUUGCAAAUCCUGAAUUCUCUGGAGAAGCAUGAGGUAUUGAGAGGGUGGGAUGGGGAGAUGACUUGUUGCGGACUGGGUGUCCAGAUUUCAGAGUUCUAUGCAAAGGGACUGUAUUUCAUCUAGUCUAGUUGAACAAGCUGUACCUGAAGAGGAUAGGGUCAGAAACUGGAUUGUCAGUCGCUAAUGUCUCACUCCGUCAAUAUCUAGGAUUUGCAGCUCCUGCAGACAUGGAAGAGGAGGAGAAUCGACGCCCCCCAGUAAGGGAGGAUCCUGCACGAGGUGGCGAGAAGCCAGCCAGUGAACCUUCUCUCGAUGCAGAUUGGGACCAAUCGGGUGCCCUCUGUGCUGGCCAAGCUAUCAUUCUGGUAAUGACUGCUCAGUUUCUCAAGGGGUUGUGGGCUGGAGUGAUGGGCAUAGGCAUUGCUUAAUACUUAUAUUUCGAAUGAGUAGUUCUUGCUGGGAAGCCUGUGGUUCCUUGAGGUUGAGCACAAAUAAUAGGUCCAUUUUGAGGCAUUAGUGGUGGUUUUGCUCAGAGGAUUAAUUUGUAUUUCCACAUUGUGCUGCUUUGUAGAUACAGACGAGUUUGCGAAAGCAGGACAGUUAAGUUAAAGUAUGCAAAGUAACCAGUUGGGCAUUUGGAGAUGCUCUCCCCUGCUUCCUUCUUACAAAAGUUAGUCCAGUGUAUUUUCCAGUUCAACCUCUUUAUGGGCAUGUAGCAAGUACUGAAAUGAUAUAUUGAUUAAAAAUGUACAUGGCGCGUUACUGAAAUACAUCAAGAAGGGGUUGUGGCAAUCUGGAAGAGGUGACACAGUUGGCAUUGGACUGAGUGGCUUCCUGCCAUUGGAUCAGGAAUGGGCAGUGAGACCCCAGCUCCCAUCAGCCCUAGUCAGUAUGGCCAGUGCUCAAGCAUGAUGGGAAUUGUAGUCCCAACAGCGUAUGGAGGGCCCUUCCCUAUUCUGCACAGUCAACUACAACCACAGGACUCUGAAAAUGAAGUUCGGAGAAUGUGGGACUAACAUCCUCUUAAAAAGCAAGAGCUCUCACUCAACCUGUUCACACACUUUUUUUGAUAGCUGCCAAACAGCCAUUUGUUAAAGAUACUGGACGAUAGCAAGGCUGGAGAUCUUGAAUGAUGUGGUUUUGUUCAGAAAACAAGUUUAAUGGACAUUGUGAAUGGGCUCACUGUAGAUAAAUGAGAAUCAUUAUCAUGCAGAAUCAUAAUUCAUAUCGUUAUCCCCCCUCCCUCUACUGUUUUCAAGGUGCUAUAGGAGUCCCAUCCCCAAUUUUUUAUGAUCACAACGUAUCUCAGCACAAAAUAGUUUCCAUGUGAAAUAAGUCUGCUGGGCAAUAGUAAAGAGAGAGUGGAUACUGAAAAAUGAGGCAGCCUCACAAUGAGAAGAUUCACCUUCCCCAAGAAAGCAGUCUCUUAAGUUGACUCUUGCUUUCAUAAUACGGAAAGAGUUUCAUAGGUCUACUUACAUGUAUUUGGAUACAUUGCUAGACUUGCUUAGUUUUUUAACCUGAAAAUAAAACUUUUCGUUUACUUUUGUGUCAAUUCCUAAACAUGAAAAUUCAUCAUAUGGGCUGAGAUCCAAAAGGACCGUGCGCACACUUGCGUUUUUGGGAGACUUCCUUUCCCAUUGUGGCCUCCUGUGUAACCCAAACACCAAAUUCCAAAGGGUUGUCAUACAAUUGCCCGAUUCAAAUGUAAUGAUAAACAGUGGUUUAUAGUUAUGUGCAAAAGCUUUGGGUUUAUGCUUUUUCUUCUACACCUCUCUUCACUGGUGCAGACACAAGGAGGAAAUAGCUUAUGUGUUCGAUUACGGUUAGCCAGGUUAGUCAGGAUUGUGUCUUGAGUGUUAGGUUAAGUUUAAAUGUGGCUAGUUAAAGCAAGGUAGCUUCAUAAGCUAUGAAGCUGGCUUAUUUCAACAGAUCAUAGUUAAUAUUAACCCCCGUUUAGUGUCAUGUCCAAACCCUAAACUGGGGUUAUUUGGCAGUGAAAGCAGUUCAGUUUCCUCCUGCUGAUGUUGUGUGUAGAGUGUGCGAAGUGCGAUUUGAAGCUUAUUGCAGCUCAUUCCUGCCAUGAUAAAACCAUGGUUUACUGUAGUACCCAAACGAAGCUAAUACAGGCAGUGACCAUUUUGCAUGGAGGUUCUGUAUAAGUCCGCUCUGCCCCGUUCUCCCCUCUUCUGGUUCCAAAAACACCUGCACGUCAGGACAGUUGAACACACCUAAAAUGGUCACUGCCUGUAUACGUGUAUCAGGAUGAUUUUUUUCUAUCCAUACGUGAAGUGUUUUUCUGGUUGCACAUGGUUUUUUUGUAUGUGUGUCACAGUCAUUGCUUCCUCUCUAACAGUAUUAUAAAUCAAUCAUUAGGCUUUCCUUGCAGAAAUAUGUUUAGGCUGCUGUGCUUUUUUUUUUUUUAAAGUACACAUCACUGCCAUAUAGAGUUUACUUGAAGUAAAUAUUUUUUCUUUCAUUCCGUCCUACAUUUGACUUCAGAAACCAUAAUUUCUUCGUUUUCUUUUCCACCUCUCCCUCACUUGCGCAUCGUUGUUCUUUUAACUUCUCUCUUGGUGCUUGCCAAUUGUUCUGUGGAACUGUUUGUUUAGUUCUGCCAGCUGGUGUGGCGUUCCAGAAAGAAAGAAAAAUCUGUAGAAUUGCAUUUAAAAAAAAAUUGGCCUUGCAGAUAAGGAUACAGAGAUUGUAAAACUCGCCAGCCCACACAUGUGGCUUCUUGCUUAACCAGCUUUCAGCAAAACAGGCUCCGCUUAGUCUUAGAGCUUGAAAAAUAACGGUUCAGAAAACAACUGUUUUGGGUUUGGAGGGUAGAAGGAGUUGAAAAACAGAGAAAUACAGUGGUGCCCCGCAAGACGAAUGCCUCGCAAGACGGAAAACUCGCUAGACGAAAGAGUUUUCCGUUUUGGAGGUGCCUCACAAAACGAAUCUGCUAUGGGCUUGCUUCGCAAGACGAAAAUGUCUUGCGAGUUCCUGGGUUUUUUCCCCCCUUUUCCCCCUCUUUUUCUAAGUCGCUAAGCCGCUUAUCUGCUUAUCCGAUAAGCUGCUAAAAGCCGCUAAAAGCGCUAAUCCGCUAAUCCUAUCAAUGGGCUUGCUUCGCAAGACGAAAAAACUGCUAGACGAAGAGACUCCCAGAACGGAUUCUUUUCGUCUUGCGAGGCACCACUGUACUGGAUACAUUUCCCCAUCGAUGUAAUAAGCAGCUCUUGCCAAAAAUGAAUAAAUUUUUUUUGCCCAGACAUAAUAUGUGCAAUCCAAUCUUGUAUAUGAUUGAAAGGAAGUCUGAACCAUUUUCAUUGGUGCUUACCCCAGGCAAGUGUGUAUAGCAGGGCGUUUAUAUAUUGUUUUAGUGUCCAAAUGGAAACUUGGACAAAGCUCUUGGAUGUGUGACAUUCCCAAAGUAGUAUGACCUUUUUAAUGAAAUUAAAUAGUACCAGUAGAACACAGCAGUAUAUCACACACUAAUUCUUAGGUUCUUCACAAGCAGUAGCAUUUCUGGAAAACAUCUGAACAAAAUCUUUCAAUAUGUAGUGUGAUACCUCAAUAUUUUCUUCUUCAUAAGAAUUCUGCUGCGGUUAAUCCCCCCCCCCCCCCGGAGUCUAACUUUUGUCAGAACAGAAGUUAGUAGAAAAAGAGAUUCAUUUAAAGCAUUGGGGCUCUACAUACAAAAUGUAGUAGACUAUUAAUAUUUACAUUAGUAAUAGGAUAAUAAUAUCAAAUUUAUAAACUAAUGUGUGGGUCAGGGUAUUUUUCAUAUAUAUCCAUAUAAUGCUCUCCCUCCUCCCCUUUGCACAAUUUUGUGGAUUUUUUUUCUUUUGGAAUCACUUUAAUGCUUUAUAGCUGAAAAUUCUUCAAUAAAAUAUCACUUUUUAAAAAAGCAUCAGGGCUUCACCUUUUGGAAGACUUGCUUGCAGACAUGCGUAAGUUCAUGUAGUUAGAUUUUUAUCCUCUGUGCGCUUACUUGGAAAUAAGCCUCAUCUUGAAACUUGGUGAGAUUUCCUCUUUUAUCAGCCACCCAUUGUGCAUUUAAUACGCUUAAUUAAUAAUUACUUCUAAAAGAAAUGUCCUAGGGACAGGGAAGUCUGGAACCAACAUGCAUUCAGGAAGCAUCUUUUGAAGCCUUUCCUCCUAAGAGAUAAAGAGCAAACAUUAAAAGAUGCUUGACCUUGGGGCAUGCAGAAGAAUGUAGCUGGAAGGGGAAAAACAGCCUACAGCUGUAAACUUGCACAACUAAUUAAGCUGAGACCGUGAUCUUGGAUCAUUGGAUAGGCACAAGAUAAAUGAGACAGGUGACGGUGACAACCAAGCAGAAGGCUUCGGGUUCAAACUUCAAGGUAUUGGCUCAGUCUUGGGUGCUGAAAGCACAUGUGAGUGCAGAGAAGACCACAUGCAAUGGAUUUUGGUUAAUUUUUAAAAGUCCUGGCUACAAAGCUAUAAAGGAGAAAUUCUGGAUCAACGUUGGCUUCUUAGGGGUGGUUUCUACUUGCCCCACAUUCAUGGCAAUUUGCAGGUCUGGUUUGAAUAAAAAUCAUCUAUCUCCGUCAGGUUCAAUUUUUGGGUUAGGUUUUUAUUAUAUUAUAAUGUAUAUAAAACAGAGAGCAGGGAUAACUAUGGGCAAAAAUUAAAAGACGAAAAACAAAAUUAUAAAAUAGGCACUUGAAAGAGUUGAAAUAAUAAAGUCUAAGUGAAGACAAUCAAUGUUAUCAGAUCAUCACGUAGCCAGACUUGUGACCUGUUGUCUUGAAAAUGAUGGUUCCAUUGUAUAUGCCAUAAAGGAAUGUCAAAUCGUAUAAAAACUGAAUGUUGUAGUCCUUGUCAUAAUCUGCAGCCAGUGAUGCCAAGCAUCCAGUGCAAGAUGAUUCCACUGAAUUGCAGUUCCUAUUCUUACUGCCAAGAUCAUAUAUAUAAAUCAUUUUUAAACAAUAUAUUUACAUUGGUGUCAUCAAAAAUACUCAGUUACAUUAAUUCUGGACAACGAAAGAUUUAUUUUUGACAACCUGCACUGUUUCUAGCGAAUCGUUCUUUUUUAAUGAUGAGCCAUUCAUCACCCAAUGUGUAUAUUUAACUACAUCCUUACUGUGAGCUUUACGUCCAGUAUUGCAGUGUAAUAGCUUGCUUGUUAUCAUUGUUCUGACGUUUCUUAAAGUGGCGCUUAGGCUGGAAACAAGAUCUCCAAAGUUCUUGGGCAGUUUUUGUUUUAUUUUGCAAGGUUCUCAUGUAUAAGAUUUCUGUCUUGAUUUCAUAUCAGCCUUUGAGUCUUGCCCCAUUGAUUGUCCCUGUGCAAACCCAUCCAAUGUCCGCCAUGAAAGCUAGCCGGUCAUUUUCAGUUGGGCUUCUGGCAGUUGCAGUACUGGAUGUUUCUCAGCAAGAGCUAAGGGUUGUUGUUGUUUUUGUCCUUGCAGAAAGCUUUGCAGCAAGCUGUGGGCAGCGGCCUGCCGGGUGAACUGCAGGAUCCAGCCAGUGAGAAAGGUAACUCAAAAUCAAGAGGCAAACCAAGGAGCGAGGGGACCAAUGGGUUCGUCGGGUGGAUUAGUUGCACUUUCAAGAGUAGGCGCCUCUGCUGUGAACAUCACAAUUCAACGUGAACAUAGCAGAUCUCAGACCAGGCUUGAGGGAUGUGGGCUUUUUGUGGGGAGGAGUGUUGGAGAACGAGAAGUUGCCUUUUACCAAGUCGCAUCAGUUGCCCAUUUAGCUCAGUGUUGUCUGCUCUGAUUGGUAGAGUUUCAGACAAGGGUCCCUCCCAGCCCUACCUGGAGACACCAGGGAUUGAACCCAGGGACUUCCAGCAUCCAACAGGUGUAUUCUUCCACUGAGCUAUUCACAUUCCCCUUAAGUUGAAGCCACAUGUUUCCUUUAUUUACUUAAAAAAAAAAGUCUAUCCACAAGGUGCCUGAUGUUCACCAAUAAAAAACCUGAACUAAAUUAUAGGUGCUUAAUGUGCCUAAUAAUAAUAAUAACAAUAUAUUAUUUAUACCCCACCCAUCUGGCUGAGUUUUCCCAGCCACUCUGGGCAGCUCCCAACAGAAUAUUAAAAACACGAUAAAACAUCAAACAUUAAAAACUUCCCUAAACAGAGCUGCCUUCAGAUGUCUUCUAAAAGUAAGAUAGUUGUUUAUUUCCUUGACAUCUGGUGGGGGAGCGUUCCACAGGGAGGGAGCCAUAACUGAGGAGGCCCUCUGCCUGCUUCCCUGUAACCUCACUUCUUGCAGGGAGGGAACCACCAGAAGGCCCUCGGAGCAGGACUUCAGUGCCCAGCCUGAACGAUGGGGGUGGAGAUGCUCCUUCAGGUAUACUGGGCCGAGUCCAUUUAGGACUUUAAAGGUCAGCACCAACACUUUGAAUUGGGCUCGGAAACAUACUGGGAGCCAAUGUAGGUCUUUCAGGACCGGUGUUAUGUGGUCUUGGCAGCCGCUCCCACUCACCAGUCUAGCUGCCGCAUUCUGGUUCUUUUCAUGUGCCUAGUUUUCCAGGGCAACGCAAAUAUUCAGAAUUGUGAAAUGAUGCUUCUCGGUGCCUGUAGUGACUUCAAGACAAGGAAGCAUUGAGCUUUCCAAUAAUACCAGCAUCUUUCCCUUCAAGAGGCACAAACUGGCAAGAGAUCUAGAAUAUAUAAAUACACAUACAUCUAUGUCGGUAUUUCUUAAUUAGAGCUGGUGUCUGCAGGAUUUAAAAGAGCACACCUGUUAUCCAUAGCUAGUCGAGAGGAGGUGGGCACUGAAGGGGGAGGCUCAUCAUGCAGCUGAUCCCUGUUUCAGUCCCCGGCAUCUUCAGGUAGAAACACUGCCAGUUAAAAGACAGUACUGAGUUAGAUGGGCCAAUGGUUUGACUCUGUCAGAGCAGUGAUGGCCAUACUUGGCCCUCCAGCUGUUUUUUGGGACUACGACUCCCAUCAUCCCUAGCUAACAGGACCAGUCGUCAGGGAUGAUGGGAAUUGUAGUCCCAAAACAGCUGGAGGGCCAAGUUUGGCCAUCACUGGUCUAGAGGAAGUUUCAUGUGAUCUUAGUAGUCCUUGUUAAUGCUUUUGACUAAAUGCUCAAAGUCCUCCUCAUACCAACCGUUACUGAUUUAUCUCAGGCUACCCAGCAAUUUCUAGGGACGCGGGUGGCGCUGCGGGUUAAACCACAGAGCCUAGAACUUGCCGAUCAGAAGGUUGGCGGUUCGAAUCCCCGCAACGGGGUGAGCUCCUGUGGCUCGGUCCCUGCUCCUGCCAACCUAGCAGUUUGAAAGCACGUCAAAGUGCAAGUAGAUAAAUAGGUACCGCUCCGGCGGGAAGGUAAACGGCGUUUCUUUCUUUUUUUAAGAAUAAUUUUUUAUUAACCGACCAAUCACAUCAAAUCAAAUCAAAUCAAAUUACAUAAAUUCCAAAUUACACAGCCGAAUUUUAAAUUUUUGUUGGGGGUACCCAUAUUUCAAGUUCCAAAGGGAUCCAAUCAACUUCUUGCUUCUUACUGCUCUUUUAGUGUCCACAAAUCUAACCUUAUGAUGUUCACAGUACUAUCCAGUCCUUUCUUAUUAUUUUUCCACAUCUCUUGUUGUUAUUUUCAUAUAUUUUUCCUUUCUCUUUGUGACCUCUGAUAGUCUCCGUAAGCUGGUUAGAACAGUUUGUAAUCCUGUGUGGAUAUUUUUUUUUUAUCCAGUAGCCAUAUCCAGACGUUUUCCAUAUAACAUCACUUCCAUACAUCAAAACAGUCUUAGCGUCAUUAAUCUUCACCAAUCUGCCUCCUUUCUCAAAACCUCUGAGGAGAUUCACUAGGAAUGCAGUCUGAAAACAAAUCCGUUCUUCCUCCCGGCUAUAAAUCCUUUGGUAAGAUGGCGACUCCGAAUUAAUUGCUGCGCCAUUCCCAAAAGCUCUUAUUGCUUCUCGGUCUCCAUAAAGCAUACUUUUGGUUAAAGUUUAUCUCCACACAGACCUUAAUCAUCCUGCUUGGGUCAGUUCAACCGACGGUUCUAAUGAGGAGGGGUUCUUGUAAAUCACAUAGAAGGAAGGUAAAAAAGGUCCCGUCACCCCAUUCAGCCCCGUUGUCAACAUACCCCGCCUUUGGUGUAUCUUCAUCGUAAAAUAUUCCUGUUUCUCCAGCCCGUCGUCGUCUUUCGCAGAGGUCACUUAAAUUAGCAGACUUCACUCCCCUUCUUCACUUGAAAUAUGUGCAUUUGCUUCUUUGGUAAUUAAUUAUUCCAAAUUGCUGCAACUAGUGUGCGAUCAGAGACAGCGUCCAGGAGAGCCGAUGUCCACACGGGGGCAUUCUGCCUAGGGCCCUCACCCCCUUCUUUCGAAUUAGGGGGUGAGGGCACAGCAGGCAAGGGCAGUGUUCCCCAUUUCCUUGGGGCAACAAGGGAGGCUGCCUACUCCCAUAACAGCCUCUUAAUUACCCCGUGUGGGUCGGAGAGAUGGUAUUGUCGGCCAUCUUCCAAUGCGCCCCCUAGUGGCCCCCCGGAAGGUAAACGGCGUUUCUGUGCGCUGCUCUGGUUGGCCAGAAGCGGCUUAGUCAUGCUGGCCACAUGACCUGGAAGCUGAACGCCGGCUCCCUCAGUCAAUAAAGCGAGAUGAGCGCUGCAACCCCAGAGUCGGCCACGACUGGACCUAAUGGUCAGGGGUCCCUUUAUCUUUACUUUGCCCAGCAAGUUCAUGACCGAGCUAAGAUCUAAGGAUUCCCAGUGCAUGACUCUUUAGUACUGAGGUAGAAGUUUGAUUGUGGCCUACAGGUGAGCCACUAUCCCAUUUCUGGUGGAUCUCGUGGACAAGAUAUUGAUUUGAUCUAGCAAGGCAUUUCAUGUGCUCAUAAACAAAGAGUGCAUCCUCUUAAGAUUUGUGGUCGUUCACUAUUUGUGAUAAGCAGUCUGGGGUAUGGACUCUUUUUUAAAUGAGAAUUUGCAAAGCGAAAGAAUGAAGUCAUCCAGUCUUUGGGCUGUGUAAUGGCAGACUUCAGCUCCCUGUAUAGUUCAUGUGCAGCUGCUUUUUGGAGCACUAGAUCCCUGCAAAGCAGGCAUGUCAUACCUUUCUAGUGGGUCCCUCUUGCUGUCAUUGCCUCUUUUUUUUCAGAUGCUGAAUGCAAGCACACAAGCCGGAGGAAAUGGUGCAAGAGCUCCAGAUCCGAAGGACUCGGAGGUACCUGGCUGGGAACUGGGGACCCUGCGCUGGCCUGUGAUAGGAAUGCCACAAUGGGUGAGGUAUGUUGGCAAACACUGCAUCCCUAUUAUAAUGUGUUAACAUUGGAAAGCUUGCGUGUUCUGCUGCAGAUCUGUGUAAGGGCCCAAACAGUUUGGAUUUGAUAUCCCGCCUUUCACUCCCUUUAAGGAGUCUCAAAGCGGCUAACAUUCUCCUUUCCCUUCCUCCCCCACAACAAACACUCUGUGAGCUGAGUGGGGCUGAGAGACUUCAGAGAAGUGUGACUGGCCCAAGGUCACCUAGCAGCUGCAUGUGGAGGAGCAGAGACGCGAACCCGGUUCCCCAGAUUACGAGACUACCGCUCUUAACCACUACACCACAACAGUGUGACUGCUGGAGAUUCCUAAUGCACUGGGGUCAACUACACAUGGGUUUGGUCUUACCGGGCAAAUAAAUUCUGGGGAAUGGUGUGCUCACCUCCUUUCUUUGGUGAUGGGGCCUGCUGAGGGCCUGAAGGGCCCCACCCUUGCCUCUUUCCAUCUGGCUUGGGGCAGGGCCUGACAGGGUCUUAAGGACUGCUGCUGCUGCUUAGCACCAAGGGCUCCUCUUUUAAAUUCUUUUUAAUUUUUAUCUGUGUUGUUUUAAAUGACACCAUCUUGGCUGUGAGCCCUGGAUGACCUGCCCCCUGCCUUACUGACCCGUUCCCAUCUGGCCUGGGAGAGUGGAGUGCUGACUGACUCCAGCUACAAAAGUUGAGCAGAUUCUUGGGCUGGAGUAUUGUUUAAGGGGCGUUGAGAGAGCUGUUGCUGUUAUUGAUAUUCUUGUUGAACUGUAUCUUUAGUUUUAGAUCUUGUGAUUUAUCUGGAUUGUCUCCAAUUAGGUUGUAUACUUUUUGAUGUGUUUUAUUUGUUUAUGACUUCUGUUAUGUUUGUAAUUAUGUAAAUAUUGUCAUGUUGUAAGCCGCCUUGAGCCUAGUUUCAACUGUGGAAAGGUGGCAUACAAAUAAAAUGAUGAUGAUGAGUGUUCAUCUGUGAACAGUUGUGGGUUUUCUGUUGUGAAUGUGGGCCUGUCAUGGUGUUCUUUCCUCAGCAUUCUUUAGAGGAGGAAUUGGAGGUCUUGGCCUGUGUGUUGAUGCCAGCUUCUGUUACCUUCUGGGCUCUUGUAAUCAUCAUCAUUAUUCAAGAAUACAAAAAACUAAAAAAUAAAAAAUUCUGUUAAAAAGAGAAAAUAUUACAAAGUGAGAAUAUGAUUUGACUACAAAGUACAGUGGUACCUCGGGUUACAUAUGCUUCAGGUUACAGACUCCGCUAACCCAGAAAUAGUACCUCGGGUUAAGAACUUUGCUUCAGGAUGAAAACAGAAAUCAUGCUCCGGUGGCGUGGCAGCAACAGGAGGCCCCAUUAGCUAAAGUGGUUCUUCAGGUUAAGAACAGUUUCAGGUUAAGAACUGACCUCUGGAACGAAUUAAGUACUUAACCCAAGGUACCACUGUAUAGUUGAUAAACUCAGUACAUUUUGACUUCAUAGAACUGUAUAGAGUUGGAAGGUACCCUGAGGGUCAUCUAGUCCACCCCCCUGCAAUGCAGGAAUAUGGCAGGUGUCCCAUACAGGGAUCAAACCUGCAACCUUGGCAUUACCAGCCCCAUGUUCAGUUCCGAUUGUUAUAUUUGGUAAAUCGGUACUUUCACUGGAGACAAGAUGCACACGAUUCCUGCUAAUUUACUCUUUAUCAUGUAAUUCAUGCCAUUCAAAAGGGCAUAAAAUAUGUGGAUGAUAAGUAACAUUAUUCAUUUUCAAAGUAGACCCAUUAGGUCAGUGAACUUAAACAACUUGCAUCCACUGUUUUUUUAACAAUAUAAGUCUGCUCUGAAAAUGACUUUGUUGGCUAUCACCCCAUGACAAUCCCAGCAUUGCCUAAUUCUUCCUUAGCAUAUAUAACCAGAGGGUCCCGAUUAUUCAGCACUUGUUUAUUUUCCUAUUCCUUCCUCCAGGUCCUUGAGGCUCCUUCUUCUGGUGUGGUGCCUGACUUGGCUGGGGUCUGUGACUACCUGGAGUGGACUUACCAUUUGCCGCAGGGAGUAGAGAGCUCCGUAGGAACUCAGGCAGUUUAGUAAGUGGGACUCCCAUAGGGCAACUAUCUCAGGGAGGACAAGUGCACAUUCUUGUGGCUACAGUCUGGAGCUUCACAGUAAAAGCUCUGAAAUUCUACCAUUCAGUAGAAGUUCUGUAAAACAUCGGAGCUGCACAGCUGGCAGGAUAACGGUAAUAACGAGGCUUUUAGGAACACAAGCCUGUAGGCAAAUUAAAUUCAGAAGUGCAUCAAGCAGUAAAAUGCACGUAUCAAAGUAUCCUUUUUAGGAACUUGGGAAUUAAAUCUGAGUGCAGUUGCAGAAGGAGGGGAAAUUGCAAAAGCCAAAUGGCUUUGUAGCAGAAAAGGGGCUCUCAUGAGCUACUGCCCUGGCAAAUAGAAUAGUAUUGACUGCUACUUCUGUGCAGUCCCCUGUGGAAAGGGAGCCCAGCUAAGGGGGAGAAGCUGCUGGAUCAUGACCCAGGUCCCCUCAAGGAUUUAGACACUGUCAAGCAGAGCUUAGGGAUCACAGUGGACCAGAGGGAAUGACACAAAUUUCUAAGGUACAUGGAACCGAAAUGCCAUGAAUUAUGCCUCCACGUCAGUGGAGUUUAGUGCAGACCACAAUAAUGCUUCCCUUAUUUCUGAUCAUUGCCCAUGCUGGCAGGAACUGGAGUCCAAUAUCUAGGGGGCAACAGGUUGGGAAAAGGCUGGCUUAGAAUGCCCUGCUGGAAAUUGGGAUCCCUGGGUCGCCGGUGCGGGACCCGCUUCCUAAUUCUGUUUUUUGUCUCUUUCAACAGCGGGGAUGAAGAUAUGGAAGAAGUGGAGCUGGUGGCUGAGGUGCGGCUGGGGGAUGUGGGUGCCUUGUCUGGCAUCUUGAGAAGAAAUCUGUCUUGGAGGAUGCAGAAGUCUGGUGGGUGUCUGCACAAAUGCGAGAAAAAAUGAGACAGAUGAGGAAAGGGAUGCAGGCGUGACUCUCUAGGAUGGAAACUACAUUAUAUGGUAAACCAUAGAGAGGGGGUCAGGCAGGAUGUAUUAACAAGAUCCAGGGUGGCGGUGCCAUUCAGCAAGUUCCAGAGCCUGCCAUCUUAUACAUAGCAGGGGGAAACGGGCUGCCGUACUUGGCGGUAGGGUAGUAAAACGGUUUCUUUUCAGUGUUGGGUCUCUUCCCCCAGCCCAUUCAUAAUUGCGUAUGUGCUGAUAGAAGAUCUUCUAUUUCAAGUGCUUCAGCACAGUUUCUCUUAGGGCCCAGGACCCACAAAGAUACUCAUUUUUCAGGGGAUCCCCACCCCUGCUGCUCAAUCCUGCCCCAAUAUGAGCUGCUGGCAGGCUUCUGCAAUGGUACCUCUCCCUUUCUGCUGACCUUGGACCUUGAGCCCACAUAUGGUGAGGAUAAAUCCUGCAGCUGGUGGAAACCCAGGUCUCUGUAGCUUGAGAUUUGGACUGAGACUCUGAGGUUGCUGGCUACAGCUUUAGGCAGCUCCAGAGCUGGAUGCCUGUACUGGCUAAUGGAGUACUGUAUGCCAUCUGAGGCUUAUACCCAGUCGAUAGCAGCAGAAUUGGAAAUACCGGAACCCUGACUCCUGUGAAGCACCAGUUGUGGAAUGUGAUAAAAUUCCCGUCGUCUUCCAAAUUUGGGUGCACGCCUAACCAUUUCCAUUUUUGCUCCCUGCAGCCUGCCUUGGAUUAUCUGCACCUUGCUGGAGAGGAAGCAACGCCUGUCCCCUUGGCCACCAUUCCCUUUCAGAGCAGCCUUAUCCUCUGGACUCACACAGAACUCUGCCUGUAAUGGACCUGGCUCCUUGGACUUCUCUUUUAGCCAGGAGCCAAGUUUCGCAGUCCCCUAAAGCAGACAGGACUUCUCCUUCACCUUGCUUGGGCAUGACUCUGGGUACUGGCAUGGGGGUAUCCAGCGGGGGGCAGCAGCGCCCGCAGAGUGCCGCCAGCCGGGAAUCUGAAUCCCAGCAGCGUUCCCAGCCACCUCCCGCCAACUCCUUGGACAAGGCCGAUUCCAGCACCUCUUCUUCAUCAUCCUGCUCUUCAUCGUCAUCCUCAAUCUCCUGCCACCAGGGCCUGCCAGGCGAAGGUGGCGGCGACUCUUCAAACCCCUGCCCCCCAAUGCGCUCCCCGGACUUAGAUAUUUAUGAUCCCUUCCACCCGACCGAUGAGGAUAACCUCAAUGGUGAUUUUGCCUUUGGCGACUCUCCCCACAAAGAGGCAGAGGGUGGGCGGCAUGACCAGAAGUACGACCCCUUUGACCCCACGGGCUCUAACCCCAGUUCCUCCAUCAGCACCCCUUCGCACGAGGAGGAUGACGAAGAUGAGGACGACGAUGAAGACGACAACGACCAACACCCUCCGGACAUGUCCCACAGCAUCAGUCGCAUCUCAGAAACAUUGGCUGGGAUCUACGACGAAAACAGCCUGAGCCAAGAUUUCCCCAGCUCGGACAAAGGGCAGGAAGAUUCUGAGCCAGAGGUGGAAGCCGGCAGGGAUUACGAAACGGAGGCAGCCUGCUCUGCUGAGCUUCCCGAGGGCAAAGAGCCCCCGGGUGCCGAUUCCACUCUGCCUGAGGAGCUUCCUUCAGAGCAGGUGGAAGCUAAAGCCCCUGAGCCACGCCGCCGGGUCUUUGUGGUAGACUUGGCCCCCAAAGGACGCUUGGAUGCUGAAACCAAGCCACAGCUGGAAGGGAAAGUGUCCCUGGAGGUGGUGACUGUUGGAAACGCCAAGCUGAGGAGUGGCGAGAAGACAUCCAAAGGAGGCGGGCAUCAUCGGGCCGGACGCCGGUCAUCCAUGGAGUGGGACGGGAGUGGUGGCGGCGACUCGGAAAUUGAGGAAGGCGAGAUUGUCCAGCCAGAGGAUGAGCGCUAUAGCCCCAUUCGACUUUUCCGGAGCAGGUGCCGGCCUGCCGAACAGCGCACCCUGCGGGUGGUCGAAGGAGACGACUUCCUGUCGCUGCACGCCGACUCAGAUGACGAGGGAGCCCUACAGAUCGACUUCAGCGAGAGCCAGCCUGACCCCCGUUGGAAGGGCGUGGACCUGAGGAGAAAGAUUCUGACCCAGCGACGAGAGCGCUAUCAUCGGGCCCCCUCGCCCCUGCCUCCGCCACCGCCGCCUCCGCCAGCCCCCAAGCGCCCUGCUUCCAAGUCUCACUCCGGAUCGAGCUCCGGCUCCUGCAAGAAAUCAAAAAGGGAGCGCAAAAGGUCUCGCGAGCGCAAGGCCUCAAAAACCAAGGAGGCCUACGUCUCCCCGUGGAAUCCCAAGAAGAAAUCCAAAUCGCGCUCGAAAUCCAAGGAGCGCCGGCAUUCGCACCACAGGGCUUCGCGGUCCCGCUCACAUCACCGAGCCUCCCGGUCCUGGUCGCCGUCGAUCAGCACCAGCUUGUCUGCGGUUGGCUCCUCCCAUACCUCCGCCGAGCGGCGCAAGAGCAGGAGGUCGAAGGAGAAGCGCCGCGGCCGGCGCUCUCGGUCGCGCAGCAGCAGCCGUGCCCAUCGCAGCAGGCACAAAGAGAAACAUCGGGGGGAUGGCGGCAGGAAGAAGAAGAAACGCUCCCGGUCUCACUCGCGGGAGAAGCACCCUUCCCAUCGGUUGUCCAAGGACAAGGAACGGGAGGUGCACCUGCAGGAGGAGCCCAAAUCUGAGAAGGUCCUGAUGGAACGCCGUAGAGAUGCACGGACUGUGGUGCCCCCAUCGAUCCAGGACCUCAACGACAACGAUCUCUUCACCAUCAAGAGGACCAUCACGGUCAACCAGCAGGAGAAAAUGGAAGGGCUCUUGGAGACGCCAGAGAGAGCUAAGCGGGAAGUCCUUUACGAUUCCGAAGGGCUGAGCUUCGAUGCUUGCUUCUCGGACCGCGAGCCCGCAGAGGAAUCCAAAUCGGGCGGGGGGCGGCUAGCGGCCAAGGAGGACGUGGUCCUGUCCCGCAAGGACAAGCGGCCGGAGGAGGACAUCAAGCAGAAGGUGCCUAAGGAGAAAGAGCGCAAGAGGGCCUACCUGGGGGAGCGCCCAGGUGCCCGCGAUAAGUACAAAAAAAAGUUGAAGGAGGGACCACCCUGUUCUGAACAGCAGGAGUUGCCCAAAGUGGAGAAAAAGGCCCGGCCGGAUCGGGACAAGACUGGGAAAAAGAUCAAAGCUGGAAGCCACAAGGAAAGUGGCAAGUUGGGCUCCGGCCGGAAGGUGAAGCUCCAGUCCAAGGUGGCUGUUUUGAUCCGCGAAGGGGUCAGCAGCACCACGUCGGUCAAGGAGGUGGGUUCCAUUGGUGUGAAGUUCAGCCGCGACAAGGAGAGCCGCUCUCCUUUCCUCAAGUCGGAGGAGAAGGUGCUGAUGGUUGGGGCCUCGGCAGCAGGCCAGGGAGAGAUGGCCGACGUCAAGGAGCCAGGCUUCAAGCCCAAGAAAGUCAAAGGGCUGAAGGCCAAGAUUGGCGUGAAGAAGCUGAAGGGCAUCAAGCCGAAGGGUGCCUCAGAGCCCAAGAAGAAGAAGAAGCUCAAGGUGAAGACUGGGCUGAAGAAAUCCAAAGCCGACAGCUGCAGUCAAGGCGCGAGCAGCCCCUUGAGGGUCAAGGAGGAGCCCUCGUGGUCUGGUUCGGAGAAAUCGGAGGUCACCGCCAAACCACCCAGCCCGCAGCCCUUGGCCCCCGGCCAGGAGCUCACGCCUGACUCCCAGACAGUGGACAGCAGCUGCAAGACGCCCGAUGUCUCCUUCCUUCCUGAAGAGCCCCCCGUCGAGCCCCCCAGGGUGCCAGCAGACGAGCCGGAAGCCGACAGCUUGUCCGAGACCAAAGAGGAACAGCCGCUGCAGCCACCCCCUCACCCACCUCGCAGCUUGCCCCAGCCACCGGCCCCCAUGUCAUGGAACCUGCAGGGUGGGGUGGACUGCACCAGUGGCGUGUUGGCAUGUAGGUAUUGGGAUGGGGCCAGGGCAGGGGGGAGGGAGUGCUUUUGUGGAGCCCUGCUCAUUGGUCUUUUUUAACACACACACACACACACAGAGUGAAACUGAAAAACUAAAGCAAAGCUAAAACACAACACAAUGCAAAACAACAAAAUCCUAAUGAAGCAGAAACAUAUCAACACAUUUUGAAAAUGUCUCGAGGGCCAGAUAUCCCUUCCCUCUUCUCCCGUUUACCAAAGCACUUCCGUUGGUGGUUCUAGUAUGAAUCUGAAAUACGGCUCUGCAGACCCCUGUAUUGCCUGCGUGCCAUAAUGGCAUUGAUUUUUUUCCUUGAUGGAUCUUUGCCUUAUGGAAGCUGUCCCUGUCCUUGCCUAGAAGGUAGAGCCCCCUUUGUGUGCCCAUACAAUUGGAAGAGAUCUCAGAGUUCACCUCUUCCGCCCCUCUGCUCAGCGCAUGAUGCAAGUGCAGAAUCCCUGGCAGGUGCCCACCAAGAGCUGCUUAAAUACCUCCACCAAAGGAGUGUUUGCCGCCUCCCAAGGCAAGCCUUUUCCAAUUUUGGACCGCUAUCAGCAUAAUGUCCAGCUGAUAGCUGCUUCCCUCCCAAUUCUCACCUGUUGGUUCUGAGCCUCUGGAGCGACCAAGGGCCCAAGUCUGCUGUUUUCUGCAUGACAGACCUCCAGAUAUUCAAAGACUGCUGUGUCUUGAAGGAUUAAACCAGUGUUAAGUCCAGGUCACUGCAAAACUUCACUGUCCACGCACAAAACAUUGAAUGCAGCCGCAGUCUUCACAACCUUUUCAUUUUGUUUCUUGGGGCUGUCGAUAAAAGCCUGAAAUUCUGCACUGCUCAUCCAGUGAAGGGCAAAAAUUCAGAGUACUGGGGGUGGGGUGGGGGUUAUGAAGUAGUUCUCUUCAGCCAUAACUUGUGCGACCAAAAGUUCCCAAGGCAUUAAAAACCUGAACCUUACCAGCAUGAGAAAUCACAUUAGGAAAGUACAUGCCUCUGAGUGUGUGCCAUUUUGCCCUAAAGGCACCUGGAACUUGUGUUCCUUGGAGCAGAACCUUCCCAGCUCUGCUAACAGUCGGAGCCAAGGAGCACAGCCCUUCUUGUAGAUUUGCUUUCAUUUUUCAGUGCAUCUGUGUUUUUAAACUGCGCAGAGCAGUGAUAAGGUCUUAACUAUAGUUGUUGUAGGAGAUCUGCAUAUUUUAAAGAGCACCUGGGGGUGGGAUCGAAUUUGGGCAGUGAUAGGAUGUUUAGCCCCAUCUCAGUUACAAGUUUAUUUCUCCCCAGCCCGGUGCUGUUUUUCCAUGCUGAGUGGGCAGGGAGGGGAGAGAGAAUAGAAUUAUAGAGCAGACCAUCCCCCUGUUUGAUAAGGGGGACUUGGGCGUCUGUAUAUCAGGGGUGAGGAACCUCUUAACUGUCUGCCUGCACUCCCUUCUCCACCCCCACCCCAUGCCCGUUUGGCAAACCGUUUCUGAGCCUCUUGUUUCUUAACCUAGUGACUGCCCUGCUUUUCAAGAUGGAAGAGGCCAACCUUGCAAGCAGGGCAAAAGCCCAGGAGCUUAUUCAAGCAACCAAUCAGGUACGGAGCAGGUUUGAAACGGUUAAAACCGCUGUUGCAAUUCAUUUUCAUUGUGUAGAUAACGGAGAUUGGUCUACCCAAAUAUCACAGGGUUUUGGCACUCGAGUUACAGCCACAACGAGUAUUUUCAGUACAAAAACCUCAAAUUCAACCAAGAGAUCUGGCUGUGGCAACUGUAUUUCUGGGAAUGCAUGUGAAACUCCUUUUUAGCCAUGUGGGAGGGAAGGGCAGGAGGUGGAAGGUUGUGGGGCUGACUUGAUAACACAAACGGGACGAAGUGCAAACUUCUUGGAAGGCAAGGCAAAGAUGACCAUUGCACACUUUAAGGGUUGCGUCAAAGCCCAGAGCACUGUGUACUCUCGCGAAAGCAAGGUGUGCUGUCUAGCACAGAAGCUGGCACUCGUGAGUGUUGCCUCUUACUUUUAAAAAUAAAAUUAUUAUUAUUAUUAGAUUCCUGGUUCUCAUGGUAGCAGGGACAAGCUUAGAUGUAUGUGGGUGUUUUCUGGUAAAGGACUUGCAUACAGUGAGGGCUUGAUCUUCUCCAGAGAUGGGGGCUUCAUCUCUCCUAGGAUAACAACUGGUUCUGCAUCUCCCAAGCUGGCUGCCAUGUCCUUCCUGGCCUCCCUCUGCCCCUCUACUCUUUGAUAGACUAGUUCCCAAAUUUAAUGCAAAUCUGCUUUUUUAAAAAAGCAAAAAAAAAAAGCAUGGUAUAUGCAAAAUGAGAUGAUGUGAACAUAUCACCCAUUUGAAUAAACAAGCAUUACUAAACAGACACUCUAGCCCUGUGCCCACUUACCUGGAAACAAACCCCAGCAAGCAAAGUUGGGUUUGCUUUCUGAAUACACAGAGGCGAUUGGGUUGUAAAUUCUGUCCAAUCUCAGAAUGUGUUGUUUGGGGUUCCCCCCCACCCGGCAUCAGUGACAACUAGCUCUUCCUCUCAUAAUCACGCGGUGUUUCAGAGCUGUACAGCUGUUACACCACAUUCAGCAGCCAGUUUCUCUUCCUCCAAAUCAAGUCUGGUCAUUUUCUGUUUUUCUUGAAUUGAAAGCCAUCCAAAGACACUGAGGAAGUCGUAUUGCUUUGAAAGUUCUGCUCGAGUGGUGAUGCCGGUGUUUAGCUGUCAUUGUAGGACCCACUGAACGCGUCUCCAAUGCCCAGUUUGGGCUGAGAGGACAAAUCAGCUUUGGGGAGGUUGUGUUUGUGGCUGUAGCAGGGCGCAUGGCUAGCGGAGGGAAUCUGGCAAUGCAGAUUCCCUGUGUAAAGGGAGUUGGGUUUAUCUCACUAAGAGUGAGGCACACAUGAUUCUAGGCCCAAUUUCAUGAGGUUGGGGGGAGCCCCGAAGGGAAAGAAAGAAGGCAAUAGAGGAAAAUGGUGGUAGGAGGAGCCAAAAUGAAUAGGAGGAGAAGUGGGGAAAGCCCUCUGCAAUCAACACAUUGAGACCUCUGGCAAGUGUGAGCUGGCCCCACACACUUUGGCUUGGGGGCCUGACGCAUUGCCCCCGAAGAAAUGCAGCCCUUAGCAAAAGAGAGGUUCCCCAAGGCCUUGUGUAACUAUUCCCUCAACUGCCACCGGUAGGUGUAGCUUCCUCUAAGCUCUUACAGAGAGCAUCAGCCCUGCUUACUGAUUUUGCAAUGUGCAGUUGCACCCAACGGGGGUAUCUUUUAGGGAAGGGAGAUUGACAGGUCGCCCUGUCCCAUCCACAGCCAGGUAUACCUAUCCAGUUACCUGAUUGCUUCUGGGUGGCAUCCCAACAUCUAGCUCUUGAGUUUGGAGAAAUGGAAGGCCAAUGACAUGCCGUCUUAACCAUCUCCUCCUCCUUUCUCCUACCAGAUCCUGACCCACACCAAGCCUGCUGCCUCCUUGGGCCCCCCUCAGCCACCAGCACCACCGGCCCACCCGCCUGCCUCGCACUUGGCUGUACCGCCCGUCUCCUACCUGCUCCAGAGCUCCCUGCCUCUCGGAGGCUGCGGCUCCACCCCCACCACUCCCACCGGAGUCUUGCCCGGGACGUUGAGCCAGGCUUCGUCAGGCCCUCCCUCGGCAGCCAUAUUUGCCUCUUCCUCCGGCACCGAUCUGGGGAGCACCAGCUCUGAAGGGCGCGGAGACAGCGACAAGGUAAGAGCUGGGGUUGUUUUUGGAAUGAAGCAGCUGGUGCUUUAAGGCAAGCCUUCCCCAGCCUAGUGCCCUCCAGAAGCUGCUGGGCUCCAGCGCCCAUCAUCCCUAACUACCAUUGUCCAUGCCAGCUGGGUUUGUGUCAUGGACUGGCUGGACACAGAAGAAGGAUGGGAUGUACCAGCUGGGGAACCCCCAAGGGAAGAAGGCUGAGAGCCCAGGGAGCGGUGGUGCCACGCCAAUGAGCAGCCAGAGGAAGACGACUGGGAAGAGGAGGGGUCAAAAACUGAAGGGGUAACGGUUUAGUGAGCAGGGAGAGUCUGUGACAGAAAGAAGCCCAGAAGCAGAAACAGAGGCAAAAGCAGGAGAGGAGGGAGGGCAGAGAUUAGUCGGACUGGUGAAGAAGCCAGGGUGUCUCCCUCUUCUGCUUUGACAAGCUCCCCUCCCCCUGGUCUCCCAGGACCAGGAGAGGCAUAAAGUGGGAGGAGCAAAGGCAGGUGCAUUGGUGUAGUCUCAGACUGGGAAGGACCUUGCAGAGGAGGAGACUUAGGCAGCUGUGGGAAGGUGCAGGUUUCUUCAGUCUCCAAAACUGCCUCAUAGGGGUAAGACCUACCAGAGGUAAGUUGCUUGCUAAUUAGGCCCAAUACUCCUGUGCAGCUCCUGUUUUGCUAAGAAAGAGUUAGCUCUGAGUGAUUUCUUGCUGGCCAACUUACUUGCAGAAUGUCAGAAGUUUCAGAGUCAUGAAACAUCAGGAGGGCCACAGGCUCCUUACUUCUGCACUAAGCAGCACAGAUUGGGGCCAGUUGCCCAGCCCUAAAAUCACCAGGGACGUGAGAAUCUGCCUUAGGCCAAGUCAGACCAUUGGCUCAUCUAGUUCAGGAUUGGCAGCAGAGAUCUCUCCCAGCCUUACGUGGAGGUGACAGGGAUUGAACCCUGGGACCUUCUGCAUGCAUUGAAAGCAGAUGCUGCACCACUGAGUUAAAGCCCUCCCCUAGAUAUUCAGCAGUGGACCACGGUCCAUAAUCCUGGUAUUGGACAGGUGCUUUAAAGCAUCUAUGGAGGGGGUCAAACAGUUUCCUAGGGGAAGAGAAAGGACGUUCUUACAGAGGUAUCCGUUUCGGCUAAUGAACCGUUGCUUGCAAGCAACAUAGAAGUGGGGCUUGAUCAGCCCAGGGCUGCCACUUCUCACACCUAUGCCAUGCCAUCGACAUACCUUAAAGAUAAAGGGACCCCUGACCGUUAGGUCCAAUCGUGGCCGACUCUGGGGUUGCGGCACUCAUCUCGCUUUAUUGGCCGAGGGAGCUGGCGUACAGCUUCCGGGUCAUGUGGCCAGCAUGACUAAGCCGCUUCUGGUGAACCACAGCAGCACACGGAAACGCCGUUUACCUUCCCGCCGGAGUGGUACCUAUUUAUCUACUUGCACUUUGAUGUUCUUUCGAACUGCUAGGUUGGCAGGAGCAGGGACCGAGCAAGGGAAGCUCACCCUGUUGCGGGGAUUCGAACCGCCGACCUUCUGAUCGGCAAGUCCUAGGCUCUGUGGUUUAACCCACAGCGCCACCCACAUCCCACUCAACAUACCUUAGAACUAGCUUUACUUCACCUUGCGCCUGCCCCCCCGCCCCGGCUUCAGCUGACUCUCCUGCCUCUGCUCCACUGCAGUACCUGAAAAAGCUCCACACACAGGAACGAGCAGUGGAGGAAGUGAAGCUGGCCAUCAAGCCCUAUUACCAGAAGAAGGAGAUCACCAAGGAAGAAUACAAAGACAUCCUGCGUAAAGCCGUCCACAAGGUGAAAGAGGCUCCUGGGGUCACGCGGGAGACUUGGAAGUGGGGAGGCCCACGGUGAGAGGGGGAAAGGUGUUGACGUUUGUUUUGUCCUCCUCCAAUCCUCCUCUAGAUCUGCCACAGCAAGAGCGGCGAAAUCAACCCUGUCAAAGUGAACAACCUAGUGAAGGCGUACGUCCAGCGAUACAAGUACUUUCGAAAACACGGGCGCAAGAUGGAUGAGGAGCCAGGCCCCCCCAAGGAGAUAGCGGGGCUGGACAAGUCUGGCUUGCCCAUGCCCCCGCUCUGAUUUCCCUCCCCCCUCUUGACCACCAAGGGGAAAAAAAUAUCAAAAAGAAUGGCCCUUCUUUAUGCAAAUAGGCUUGGCUGGGCCCCCCUCCCCCGGCCCCCUUUCCUGUGUGUGGGGCGUGUGGAAGGGAGGAGUUGGGGCGACCCGCUUUGUUUGGGGAGGGGUGGCAUUUGGAGAUUGCGGGUCUUGUGCAUCUGCUACCUGCCCCUCAACACUCAACAGUUUUAGCCACAAAGCGACUUGUGUUUUACCCUGUAAAUACAGAUGAGAGUAUGGGAAACUAAUUUUUAGUUUCAUCACUCUCCAGACCCCACCACCCCCAUGAUAAAAUGGGUGGAUGUUAUUCCCCCCCACCCCACCCACCUUAGUUUUUACUCAUUUAGCAUGUUUUUAAUUUGACGGUUUUAUUCUUGCCCUCCCUCCCGUCAGGAGUCAUGAAAGAGCAGUACCGUGGCCGGCCUGUAGAUGGCAGCUUCCUGCCACACUGGGCGGGUAGCACAUCCCUCAUCCUCCCCCCAGUUGUAAGUUCGUCUGCCAUACUCUUCCCCUCCCCCACCUCUUUCUCUUCAUAAAACUGCAUUUAGCCAUCUAAACCGAGCUCUGUCUCUGUGGUCCUUUAGUGAGGGGUGUGUGCGUGUCUCUGUACUUUUUUUUUGCAGAACGCAGAUGGAUCACAUUUGUUGCUACAACUACCUUGUGG